AUGGUUUCUGAAUCCACUUUUCUUUCCCUCCCCCGUGAGGUGAGAGACGAAAUUUACGGCCACUACGUCAGAACAGACUGCGGAUACGUAUGUAACUCGGAGACCUUAAUCGCAAGAACGCUAAACAUCAACAGCUCUGGCAGCACUGACGGCAACCUCGGUAUCAUUGCGGGCGUACUUGAAAGAGCCGACGGUCAUCCUAUUGAUCUCGGGCUGUCGCUCACCUGCAAGCUUGUGGCCGACGAGAUGAGAGGAGUUGCUCUGCGCAAGAACACAAUUACAUUUUCAACUGCUACCUCCGAAGAGCUGCGUAUCGUUGCUCUCCAAUUCGAUAUCUUGAUAAAAGCUGUCGACUCGAGCCAAGAGUAUCUUUUCCAUCGAGCAGGAUACACUAUACCACAGAUUGCCCGCGAUCGACUGAAACUGGCCUACCCACAACUGGCUCCUCUGCUUGAAGAUUUAAAAGAAGAGUAUGAGCUGGCUGAUACUUUGAAACGCCGUGGACCCUUCGGCGAGGCACCGUCACGAUACCGGGCAUUCUGCAAAGAGGCAUUGGCAGCCUCAUCUAUCCCCGAUGUCCCUGAAGUUUCCGAGAGGCACUAUACUUGGGCGGAUCCCACGAGAACGGGCCUCGACAGCGAGCCACACGAUGCCCUUCGAGUCGCCAAAUGCUCCGUCCACCACUGGGCCAUCCCCUCCGAAGAAGUAUUAAACGACUUGGCAAGCGGUCUGGACAUUGACACCAACGCUCGGCUCGCUGGCGCAAUGACGACAAAGGAUCGUUCGAACUAUCGCUUUUCUGCCGCGGCAGCGGCAGUCUGUUUCCUGCAAUCGAUGCCUGAGGGAAUGCAAGGACAUCUGCGACGGAUCAUCCUCGACGAGGACCGCGAGGCAGUGGCCAAACCACAGUGUCACGCGCUCGGCCUGAUUUCCUUCUGCAAGCAGAACCCCGGCCUCCGGAUCGAGCGCCGGGUUAAUUUGUGGCGGAACGCCUUACUGGCAGACUCGAACUUCAACACCCCGUAUACCCGCCAUCAGGCCAAAUUCCGAACCAUGACCCGACGCGAACCAGUACCGUGGGGCGUAGAGGACAAGCAGGUCACCGCCAACGUCUCGCAGUGGGUCAUGGAAGCACUCGCCCUCGCCUCUGCGGGGAUGCCGCCUGCAUCUUUUGCUCUAGUUCUUGACGGCCAGCCGGCGCCCCAGCUGUGCACGGAGAUAUUCCAGACGACGAUCCAGCGAGACGUCGCGUGGCAGGCGGCCUGGCUUGCAUCGGUGGACCAGGGAAUCGUCCCGCCGACGGAGUGGUUCCUCACCCGGUUGGUCGUGUUCAACAAGCUACGAGUCGCCCGCAGAACCGGGUACUUUUACCGGGGAUUUCCUCGCGCCAUGAGAGAUAUCGUCCAAGGGACAUCAAUCGUGAGGUGCAAUUUUGACCCGGGCGAGCUGUGGAACGUCGACCGGAUUGUGCAAGAUCACCGGGCUUGGACCCCACAGCAGUGGCAAGAGGCGUGGGCCGACCACGAGCCAAAGACGUGGUUUCCCGUGGCGCCGCUCCCGUACUUCAAAGCACUGCUCGAGGAGGAUUUGGUGCCGCGAUGUGGCAAGAAAGAGAAGUUGUCGAGGUCGCGGCGAUCGAGAGGGACUGCCCACGAGGGUGGUCACGUCGCACCCGCGCCUCGUCAACAAGGCGCAGGUAACGGAGAAAACCUGAUUCUCAGGUGGUGGGUGCACCGAAACCAUGCGUUGAAGUCAUAA